UAUACAGCUGUCGCUUUACAUUAAGUGCGGAGAUGACAUUCCCAUGUUCCGGUUUGGUGUCCCGACUGGUUCGCCAAGAUAAGAAAAAUGCUUCGGCUGUGGCCGAUUGGCCGAAUCCUUGGUGCCCGAACAGCUGCAAUCACUGCUGCCCGUGGGAGUAGUACUGGAGUUACAGAGAAAGUGGAAGUAUUUGUGGAUGACAAACCAGUAUAUGUAGAACCUGGAACUACAGUAUUACAGGCAUGUGCAGAAGCAGGAGUGGAGAUCCCAAGGUUUUGUUACCAUGACCGACUGUCCAUCGCAGGCAACUGUAGGAUGUGUCUGGUGGAAGUGGAGAAAUCACCCAAGCCUAUUGCAUCCUGUGCUAUGCCAGUGAUGAAAGGAAUGAGGGUGAAAACAGAUUCUCCUGUCACACGGAAAGCCAGAGAGGGUGUUAUGGAAUUUCUGCUUAUGAACCACCCUUUGGACUGUCCGAUCUGUGACCAGGGUGGGGAAUGUGAUCUCCAGGAUCAGUCCAUGAACUUCGGCAGUGACAGAAGUAGAUUCACAGAUAUUAAUUUCACGGGUAAAAGAGCUGUUGAGGACAAGAAUGUUGGCCCACUUAUCAAAACCAUCAUGACUCGUUGUAUACACUGUACCCGAUGUAUAAGGUUUGCUAGUGAGGUGGCUGGAGUUGAAGAUCUAGGUACAACAGGUAGAGGAGGAGACAUGCAGGUCGGUACAUACGUAGAGAAAAUGUUUCAGUCGGAGUUGUCGGGGAAUGUCAUUGACUUGUGUCCAGUGGGAGCUUUAACGUCCAAACCCUACGCUUUUACAGCCAGACCUUGGGAAACCAGGAAGGUUGAGAGUGUGGAUGUCAUGGACGCCCUGGGCAGUAAUAUAGUCAUCAGUACGCGUACUAAUGAGGUCAUGCGCAUUCUCCCUCGUAUGAAUGAGGAAAUCAAUGAAGAGUGGAUCUCUGACACGACAAGGUUUGCUUAUGAUGGUCUGAAGCGUCAGAGACUGACAAGCCCCUUUGUGAAGGAUGAGAGCGGGAACCUAGUAGCCACUAGCUGGGAGGACGCCUUCAUAGCUACAGCUGAAAAGUUGUCUGCUGUGAAGGGAGAAGAUGUUGCAGGCAUUGCUGGGGGACUCAUGGAUGCUGAAGCUCUGGUGGCCUUCAAAGAUUUUCUCAACAAGAUGGGCAGCGAAGGACUGUGUACCGAGGAAAUCUUCCCAGGGGAUGGGGCAGGAACUGAUCUCAGAUCUAACUACCUACUAAACACCAAAAUAGCGGGAGUGGAGGAGGCUGAUAUCGUCCUGCUGGUCGGCACCAACCCCAGGUUUGAGGCGCCAUUACUCAAUGCUAGGAUGAGGAAAAGUUGGAUCCACAAUGACUUAAAAGUAGCCAUGGUCGGGUCACAGGUCGAUCUCACAUACGAUUACGAACAUCUGGGAGAUUCUACCCAGGUACUACAAGAAAUCGCCAAUGGAAGUCAUCCUUUCUGUAAGGAACUCAACAAAGCUAAGCGACCAAUGGUUGUAGUAGGAAGCUCGGCUCUACAGCGAUCAGACAGCGGAGCUAUACACGCAGCUGUGUCACUGAUCAGUCAGAGCGUUCGGGCCAAUUCUAGCUGUGAUGACAACUGGAAGGUUCUCAAUGUAUUACAGAGGGUUGCAGGACAGGUGGCAGCACUUGACCUCGGUUUUAAAGCUGGUGUGGAUCACAUCCGGCAGAACCCACCCAAGGUGCUGUACCUGCUGGGAGCUGACGAGGGGGCGAUCACACAGGAGGAUCUUCCUAAAGACUGUUUCGUGAUAUAUCAAGGUCACCAUGGUGACAUCGGUGCUGCCAUGGCUGAUGUGGUGUUCCCAGGAGCUGCGUACACAGAGAAAGAUGGCACAUACGUCAACACAGAAGGUCGGGCCCAACAGACUCGGAUGGCAGUAACCCCGCCAGGCCUCGCCAGAAAUGACUGGAAAAUUAUUCGUGCCCUGUCUGAGAUUGUUGGCUCUCCUUUGCCGUACGACAAACUAGAAGAUGUUCAAGGUCGUCUGUGUGAAGUCUCACCAAAUCUCAUCAAGUACGGUGAUGCUGAGGAAGCAAACUACUUCAAGCAGGCCCAGGAGCUCGCUCAGUUAACCAAAGGACAGCUGGACAAUGCUCCUCUCCAACCAGAUAUAAGUAUUCUCAGUGACUUCUACAUGACAAACUCCAUCAGUCGUGCGUCACCGACCAUGGCAAAAUGUGUAACCGCCACAAAGGAAGCCGCCGCCAGCAAAUAUUGACCUUUGAUCUGUGCUUAGACAUACUUGUGUAAAUAAGACAUUAAAGUAUUUUUUUUAGCUAUUUGGCAGACAUUGAACAAGGCUUUUAUGAAAUCAGAACAGUGACGAAUUACAUCUGUGACCAUCUUGACAAGUCAUACAAUUCAAUGUUAUGUGAAUACUUUGAUAAAAUUAUUUUGUAGUGUUAUAUUGCAUUGCUUUUCAAUAUUCGAUGGAUUGUCCAUGCAGUGUACUCCCGUGAAAAGACCAAUUUAUUAAGGUACGAUGAUUUGUGGACAGUAUACGGAGUAACAAAAGCCAUACAUGUACCUCAACUGUAUAAAAGCUUGUCUGUAUGACUUCACCGAUCACCUGCAAGUCUCCCAGCCUCGUACACACACCCAUCGUUAAGUGGUGGUGGAUAGUGAACAUAUGAGGGAAUGAUUUUAUUACAUAGAGUUGUAUGUGGCAAGUCUGCCAGCCUCGUACACACAGCCAUCGUUAAGUGGUGGUGGAUAGUGAACAUAAGAGGGAAGGAUUUUAUUACAUAGAGUUGUAUGUGUAACGAGAGAUGUUAACAAACACUUAACAUCGUUGCGUUGAGUGAAAAAUAAAAUAAAAAAGUGUAUGGUUAA